AGAAAAGUACCAAUUUUACCCUCGAAUCAAGGUUUAUACUUUACAGCAUUUCGCGAUAGGAAUUUGAGGGGAAGAAGAAGAAGAAGAAGAAUGGCCGUUAGCUUAGGGGUAGUCGUCGUUCCGUCGUGUUCGGGAGAUCGCCUCUUCAGACCAAACUUGUCGGCCGUCUGCAGCGUCUCUUCGUCUGCGUAUUUCCGGUUGUGUCGCGGUCGAAUCAAUGUCGGAAACGGCGUGAAUUCGGCUCACCGAGGCCGUGACGUUGGCGGGUUUUUAAUUUCAAGCUGCCUAUCUCCGGAUUCUUCAUCUCCACCGUCGUCUCUCUCUGGGCAGAAGACGAAGCUCUAUGUCAGUGGGCUUUCUUUCCGCACAACUGAAGAUAACUUAAGGAAAGCUUUUGAACAGUUUGGCAAGCUUGUAUUUGUUAACUUGGUGAUGGAUAAAGUAGCUAAUAGACCAAGAGGAUUUGCUUUCCUGCGGUAUGAAACAGAGGAGGAGUCAAUGAAAGCUAUUGAAGGGAUGCACGGGAAGUUUUUGGAUGGGAGAGUUAUAUUCGUGGAGGAAGCUAAACCAAGAUCAGAUAUCCAAAGAGCUAAACCAAGAUCAGAUAUUAUCAACAGAGCUCAACCCAAACCUCGCACCUUUCGCACGUGGUAGCUGUUUUGAUUUUUAGUUCUCAGUAUUGUUAUUGUAGCUCCUGUAAAACACUUUUCAAUGUAAUGAGAAGUUUCAUUUUUUCCUGAUCUCAGAA